AUGGCUCAAGAGGUAUUAGACUGCUCCACAUACCCCAUGGUUGGUGGUGACGGUCCACAUAGCUACGCUAGAAAUUCCAAUUACCAGAAAGAAUCACUGGAUUCAGCUAAGCAAAUGAUGAAUGAACUGAUUGAUCAGCAUCUUGAUCCUGGAAACCAUCUGUACUCUUUUAAUCCUGGCAAUAGCUCAUUUCGAGUUGCAGAUUUUGGGUGUUCUGUUGGUCCUAACACCUUCCGUGCAGUGCAUAACAUCAUUGAAGCUGUUGAAAACAAAUACAAAUCCCUACCGGUGGAAACAGAGAUGCCAGAAUUCCAUGUCUUCUUCAACGACCAUGUCAAUAAUGAUUUCAAUACUCUCUUCAGAAAUCUUCCAGCUACAGGGCGGUACUUUGCAUCUGGAGUUCCGGGUUCUUUUUAUGGGCGCCUACUUCCUAGUUCUACACUACACUUUGCACAUUGCUCCACCGCGCUUCACUGGCUCUCCAAGAUCCCAGUAGAAGUGAUGGAUAAAAACUCCCCUGCUUGGAACAAGGGCAGAAUUUGUUAUAGUGGAGCUGCUAAAGAAGUUAAAGAUGCAUAUUCAACUCAGUUUGGAAAAGACAUUGAUUCUUUCCUGAGAGCCAGAGCACAAGAGCUUGUUCCAGGAGGAUUGAUGAUGCUUGUAGCAGAUGGACUCCCCGAUGAUGUCCAGAUGUGUGAGUCCAGCAUAGGGGAAAAUCUUAACGUUCUGGAUCCUGGGAUGAUUGCUCAAGAAAUGGUGGAUUCGUUUAACUUGCCUUUUUAUUAUCCAUCGCCAUCUGAGCUGAAAACACUGAUUGAGGUGAACGGAUUGUUUGAGAUUAAGAAAAUAGAGAAGCUAGAUUCUUCAAGCGCAAAAAAAGGGGUACAGCUUGACGUUGAUGUCUGUAUCCUUCACAUGAGAGCUGUCCUUGGGGAACUCGUCAAGAAACAUUUUGGUGAAGGAGUAAUUGAUAUCUUGUUCGAACGUCAUAGAGAAAAAUACAUCGAGAAUCCUAUCCUAUCUGAUGAGAGGUACAUUAAAGACGCAAGCUACGUUGUCUUUCUCAAGCGGAAAAUAAAAGUUACUUCCUAA